GUACAUCGUCAUGAACGCUAGAGCGCUAUACGUCAUUUAGGCGUGAUUAUGUUGCUAUAACCACAGAAAGAAAAACACGGAUUUCGUUUUGAAAACUUUCUUAUCUAGAUAAAUAUAUAUUUUUAUAAAAGAAAAUAUUGACACGGUAAAGGAAACAAGAUGGCCUUUAUAUUGAGAACAAUGGCUCGCAGCCCCAUACUGGUAAAAGUAAAAGAUUCGUUGCGUUCUUUAUCACAACGGCCAAAAUCAACAGUGUUUUCUAUAGGAAUCGGCGUUUCAGUAGCCAUGUAUUACGGAAUGGACAAGGACACAUUAUCAAAGUAUUUAGUCGUUAAAGCCGGGAGGAAUGACGAUGCUCCGAAGUCUCCGUGUAAAAUAAAAGUCCCCAAGCCGUGCGGGGCCAAGCAGCAGCAGCAGAAGAAGAAAGAAUGCUCCGAUAAUCAAGCCAACAUCACAACGCAGAUGAAGUCCCACACGUUGUUUCUCUGGAUUACGUUAGAGCCUGGAGCCGACCCAAGUGCGGUGGCGUGCUCUGCGGUCCGACUGGACGAAGCCAUCGAAGCCUCCAAAAACCCAUGCGGCACCAACGAAGACAUUAUUGCGGGUGUUGGAUUUGGGCCUAAUUUGUGGGCGCAAGUCAUGGGCUCUGGGUGCAAGAACUUCUGCUACAGACACAGGAAAGGGAAGAACGGAGAGAUGCCUUGUUCCGAUGGGGACAUUUUCGUGCAUGCCAAAUGUGAAAGCUACGGGCAGCUCUUUGACUUUUGCAAACAUUACAUGCACGGCUUCCCAGAAUGCAGUAUCUUGGAAUUCGAAGACGUCUACGGGUAAGUUCUAAAUUGCUUUUUUAGUUUAAAACUUUUAAGCUCCUACUUAUUGCUCGUACUUGAUUGCUCGUACUUGAUUGCUCGAAUUUGAUUGCUCGUACUUGAUUGCUCGAAUUUGAUUGCUCGUACUUGAUUGCUCGUACUUGAUUGCUCGAACUUGAUUGCUCGAAUUUGAUUGCUCGUACUUGAUUGCUCGUACUUGAUUUGCAUUUUUAUUUUAGAACGCAGUUUACUCCGAAUGAUGUAAAUGAACGCUUCCAAUGUUUUAGAAUUAUCUAUAGUAAAUGAGCGACUUCAUCUCCAUGGAAAUUUAAGUCAUGCACCAACUGGUACUACGUGAACCCUGAUCUCACAGUAGGUCGGUAUCUGACAGAUAUGAAUAUUUAUGUAUACAUGUUUGCUCUUGAUGUUCUCUAGCUGUGGUAAGUUGUCAAUGUUCUCUACAUGUGGCAAGUUGUCAAUGUUCCCUAGCUGCGGCAAGUUGUCAAUGUUCCCUAGCUGCGGCAAGUUGUCAAUGUUCCCUAGCUGCGGUAAGUUGUCAAUGUCCUCCAGCUGCAAUAAGUUUUCAAUGCCCACCAGCUGCAGUAAGUGCCAAAUUUAAUGCCAAUAAACUAUUUCCAAACAGGUUCGACUACAAAAACGGCCGAGACAUUUCUGGCUUCCUGGACAACCAGACCAACCGUUGUAAGGAAGAGGGACUGAAGGAAGUGGCUGUCGACUGUGAGACGGGGGGCAGCUUCGCCUUGGCACAAAAGUGGGUCCAUGACUUUUGUAUUGUGGACGAUGACCCAACAACUUUGGAGCAGUACAUUGGCAGGUGAGUUCUGUGUGGUAAAUGUUGAGUCGGCGACCUAGGAACUAUAGAUUGGUAGGUGAGUUCUGUGUAGUUGAAUGUUGACCCAGCGACCAAGGAACUAUACAUAGGCAAGUGAGGUCUGCGUGGUGGCAUGUUGAUAUAGCGACCAAGGAACUAUACAUUGGAAGGUGAGCUCUGCAUUGUGGCAUGUUGACAUCGCGACCAAGGAAUUUACAUUAGCAAGUGAGUUCUGCGUGGUGGCAUGUUGACAUAGCGACCAAGGAACUAUACAUUGUCGGUUGAGACCAGGCAUUACGUAGUUUAAGGUAGUGAGACAAUUUGAUGACUAAACGAGUAAGAAAACAUUGGAUGCCAGACAAGGUGUAGGAGUGGAGAUAUAGUUUUAAUUUGUUGUAGUUUUGGCAAACAUUUACUGUUUAAAAAAAGACAUGUUUAAAAUGUUAAAAGUUUAUAUACAUACUUUUGGUAUAAUAUAAAAGAGUUUUUAACUUUUAGAGUUGAAGUAAAACUAUCUUGCUCCAUGAGGGUGCUUUGGUUCAUGAGGGCGCCUUGGUUCAUGAGGGUGCCUUGGUUUAUGAGGGCGCCUUGGUUCAUGAGGGUGCCUUGGUUUAUGAGGGCGCCUUGGUUUAUGAGGGCGCUUUGGUUCAUGAGGGUGCCUUGGCUCUCGAGGAUGCCUUGGUUUAUGAGGGCGCCUUGGUUUAUGAGGGUGCCUUGGUUUAUGAGGGCGCCUUGGUUUAUGAGGGCGCUUUGGUUCAUGAGGGUGCCUUGGUUUAUGAGGGCGCCUUGGUUCAUGAGAAUGCCUUGGUUUAUGAGGGCGCCUUGGUUUAUGAGGGUGCCUUGGCUCUCGAGGAUGCCUUUGUUCAUGAGGGUGUCUUGGUUCAUGAGAGUGUCUUGGUUUAUGAGGGUGUCUUGGUUCAUGAGGGUGUCUUGGUUCAUGAGAGUGUCUUGGUUUAUGAGGGUGUCUUGGUUCAUGAUGGUGCCUUGGCUCUCGAGGGUGCCUUGGUUCAUGAGGGUGCCUUGGAUCUCGAGGCCGUCUUGGUUCAUGAGGGUAUCUUGGUUCAUGAGGGUGCCUUGGUUCAGGAGGGCGUCUUGGUUCAUGAGGGCGCCUUGGUUCAUGAGGGCGCUUUGGAUCACGAGGGCGCUAAACCUUCAACUGGAACAGCUUUUCCCCAUCAAAUGAAAAUAAGCCAUCUUGUCCUGGACAAUUUUAUUUCAAAUUUUGAAACACAAAGGUCAAACUGGUUGGCACCUACGGUUGCCACUAACUGGUUGGCACCUACUUGUUGGCACCUACUGGUUGGGAGCUACUGGUUGGCACCUACUGGUUGGCACCAACUUGUUGGCACCUACUGGUUGGCACUAACUGGUUGGCACCUACUGGUUGGCACUAAUUGGUUGGCACCUAGUGGUUAGCCCUAAUUGGUUGGCACCUACUGGUUGGUCCCUAUUGGUUGGCACUAAUUGGUUGGCACCUACUGGUUGGUCCCUACUGGUUGGCACUAAUUGGUUGGCACCUACUGGUUGGCACUAAUUGGUUGGCACCUACUGGUUGGCACCUACUGGUUGGCACCAACUGGUUGGUACCUACUGGUUGGCACUAUCUGGUUGGCACCUACUGGCUGGCACCUACUGGUUGGAACUAACUGGUUUGGCACCUACUGGUUGGCACUAACUGGUUGGCACAUUCUGGUUGGCACUUACUGGAACACACUAUCGUGACACAAACUAUAGUGGUCCAAACUGUAACUAUCUUCAACAAACUAUCUUGGACCAAACUAUCUUGGACCAAACUAUCUUGGACCAAACUAUCUUGGACCAAACUAUCUUGGACCAAACUAUAUACAAAUGGAGGCAUGUUUAAUGAACCACGUUUGUGUUCUAUUGUAGAUACCAGUGCACCCCCCAGCCCCGUCCCACUUUUUUACGAGCUAAAGAAAAAAUUGCAAAUUAUUCAAAUUUUCUUAAUGUCAUAUUGGUUGUCACUGGAAAAAAAAAAGGGGGGGGGGGGAAAAAAAAAUAAGACGGAGUGGGGGUUAGGAACUUUUAACACCAAAAUAUUUAGAACGAGGCAAAUAGAGAGAAAUAUUUUUUUAAGCAAAUGUUAAAUAUUAAGUUCAUAAUGAAUCAUAUUAAAACAUUGUUACAAGAGCUGAAGAACAGUGUUUUUUAAAAUUUUCCUUUCUACCAUGAUUCUUUUACCAGAGAGAUGGUCAGUGGAUCCGAGUUGGAGAACAAAACUAUCACAAGUCACGUGGCUAGGAUGAACGGAAGUGCCGAGAAAGGAGCCACGCCCAUCGUGGAAAUUGUCCGUCAGUCUCAGAGCUACGGAACGUUCUCCGACAAAGCCGGUAAGUCAUCGGCGUGUCACAUUUUGAAUUUUUUUUUUAUGUGACUUAAGUAAAGGCGUAACACUGGGGGGGGGGGGGCGGCCUUGUGUACCUUUUCGUCCCCGCUGCCGUGCUCUGUCCCCCCGGCACAUAUUUUAUAUUUUGAAUUUUUUUUUUAUGUGGCUUAAGUAAAGGCGUAACACUGGGGGGGGGGGGACGCCUUGUGUACCUUUUCGUCCCCGCUGCCGAGCUCUGUCCCACCGGCACAUAUUUUAACAGGCUAGAUAAUAUCAGGGACCCUUCCUGCGGGCAUUGCAGCCUGGUCCCAGAAACCCGAGCGCACCUGUUGACCGAAUGUCCCUCACCGUUUCUGGGCGGCAGGAGAGCCCUUCCUGAGGAGACUGGUAUAUUUGGCUCAGCUUAGCAGAUGGAGCUGGUGGCCAACGUACUGGCCGGGGGUCACAUGAGAGUAAUCUCAGACCCUCACCAGAAUGAGUGCGCCAGUUAGUCCCUGCUGCCCCUAGAAUCCGCCUUUACUGCAGAAUGGUGAGAGUUUUACGACUCGUGUUGUUUCCUUACCGUUACUUCCCCACUACCACCUCAUUCUGUAAGUGGUCAUGUAUGGACAUGUCUUACGUCAUUACAAGAACGUUCAAGAAGAAUUCAGCCCCCACCCCCCCCCCCCCCCCGAAUACAAAAUCGAUCCCUUGUCGUGGGGCCACUAAAAGUCUGGCCCCAGGCAGGUGUGCCUCAUUGGUUAUUAGGUUAAUCCGUCACUGUGUGUAUAAGAUUAACGUAUAACGUCAGGACCCACAAAAAAAGUUUUAAAGUUGCAAUUGAAACCGGAAACAGAAUUUCAAACUGGGAGGGCCAGGAAAAUGUUUUUGAACGGUGACCAUCCUGGUCAAGAUUAACAUCGCGUGAUGCCGCUGUGGUCGAAUUCCUUAUUUCGUUCAAAUCUUCAAUGACAAAUGAAUAGAGAUAUUCAGAGUUGCCCAGAAACAUGAAAAUAUCUUAUGCAACUAUGGUACAUCUAUGGCAGAAGUAUGAUAAAGCUAUAGGGGGUAGUACAGCUAUGGUAGAAGUAAGGUAAAAUUCUGGUACAGCUCUGGUAAAACUAUGGUACAACUAAGGUAGUUGAGUUUAAAAUAUCGAAAUCAACUGUUGCUCAUCACCUGUAGCUCAUCACCUGUAGCUCAUCAACUGUAGCUCAUCAACUGUAGCUCAUCAACUGUAGCUCAUCAAGUGUAGCUCAUCAACUGUAGCUCAUCAACUGUAGCUCAUCAACUGUAGCUCAUCAACUGUAGCUCAUCAACUGUAGCUCAUCAACUGUAGCUCAUCAGCUGUAGCUCAUCAACUGUAGCUCAUCAACUGUAGCUCAUCAGCUGUUGCUCAUCAACUGUAGCUCAUCAACUGUAUCUCAUCAGCUAUAGCUCAUCAGCUGUAGCUCAUCAAUUGUAGCUCAUCAGCUGUAGCUCAUCAACUGUAGCUCAUCAAUUGUAGCUCAUCAGCUGUAGCUCAUCACCGUCGCAUGACUGCAACUAACCAAUCUUUGUUGUAUCCUUCUAGGUAUGUUCUUCCUGGCAUUCGCCGCGGACCCAUCAACAUUUGACACGUUGCUCGACCGGAUGGUGGGUGCCUCGUGUGACGGGGAGCACGAUGACGUCAUGAAAUUAAGCAAAAACAUCAAGGGAACCUACUGGUACUUCCCGGGAAUGAAAGAACUGGAGCAGAUAAGGGGCGCCACUUCUGAAUGAGCUGGCGAACUUGUGUUUUGUAAAUGGGCCGAAAGCGUGAUUAGGGGGCGCCAUGUUAGUUAGUAGAAAGGGGUGGUAAUUACUAAGAGUGGGGGGGGGGGAGAACAUUAUUUUCAUUCUGACUCAACUUGGAGUAAGAAUAUUUGAAGACUUUUGGUCAGUGAAAAUCAUAAGUGUCCCAGAGAUGAUUGCUUCAUUAAGAAGUCAUUCAGUAUUUCGGCUUAAGAAUGUGGGAGCAUUUGACGAUGCACACAUGUUCUUCUUUACAUGAAAAUAAACAAAGGCAAGGUAUGCUCUCCAUUGGUUGAUAUGUUCCUGAAUGGAUGUAGAGAUGAGUUGAUGGAUUCAAUCCAGCUUUGUAUUUUAUUUAGAAUUGAUCGAGUUUGGAUUAUCUUUCGUUUAAUAAUCUUUUAUUUUUUUAAACCUUCCAAUGAUGGUAGAGAUGAGAUUAAGUAGGUCACAUAAUCUUAUGUCAGAUGUAGAUUUCUGCAGCGUGAAAGGUUAUGUCCUUGGUACUUACUGUCAUCUGUCAUCUCUUGACUUUGAACAUCACAAGACGUGCGCCAUUACUGUCAUAUGUUGGACGGGCUGAUACCAACGGACAUUUUAUGAUCUUUUUGACAGUGUUUUAAUAAAUAUGUUUAUACUUUUC